CUCUCACUCUCACCGCUCUCGAAUUUCGAUUUUGCUUGAUCCGCACCUUUUUAGGGUCUUAGAAGGAUUUUUUUUUUUUCAGUUUCGUAAAUUUUCCCUCCAUUUUCCUUGACCCUUUAUUGGAAACUCUUAAUACCUCCAGGAAAGUUAAAAGUAUUUCUUAGGGUUUUGUUUCGGGUUGGGUGUGCUUUAAAAUUAGGCUCUGUUUCUUUAUUUCAGCUGAAGUUGUUCAUCAUUAGAGAUUUUUUUUUUUUUGAAUUUCUUGGAUGACUGGUAAGCUUCCAAAUCUUUUUUUAUCCACAAUUUUGAUUUUGUAGACGUAAAAGCUUAGACUUUAUCUAGGGUUUCUUCGGAUCAGCUGUAAUUUUUUUGGUUAUAUUUGUUUUGGGGAAUAUAUAGGGAAAAAAAUAUUCUGGGUCUGUUUUUCUUCGGGUUUUUUUUCAUAGAUCUGACUUUUCCAAUUAACAAGAUAAGAGGGUGACGGCGAGUAUUUAUGAGCAAUUAGGUGGGGAUUAAUGGGAUGAAAGAAAAUAUAAUAUGAGAAUUUUAAGGAAAAAAGUGUAAAAUUUGAUAUGAGGUUUUGAACAUGAGCCAUGGAGAUGUGAAAAGUACAAGAGACACAAUAAAGAGUGAAAACCAGCAGAGGUUGUCGCUGGGAAGACUGAAAGCUGAUGAAUUUGGAAGAGCGGUUUCAAAGAUUGCGGUGGCACAGAUAUGCGAGAGUGUAGGUUUUCAGGGAUUUAAAGAGUCUGCUUUGGAGGCUCUUACUGAUAUCUUAGUUUGUUACCUUUGUGACUUAGGAAGAAAUGCUAGUUUUCAUGCUAAUUUAGCUGGUAGGACGGAAUGCAAUCUGUUUGAUAUAACUCGGGCUUUAGAAGAGUUGGAAGCUUCACAUGGAUUUCCGAGUGCUUCCGAUAUUGGGCAUUGUCUUGUAGGCUCUGGCACAGUUAGGGAAAUAAUUCGGUUUGUGGAUUCGGAAGAGGAAAUCCCAUUUGCUCAGCCAGUGCCGAAGUUUCCAAUUGUUAGAAAUAGGAAGUUGAUUCCAAGUUUUGAGCAUAUGAAUGAAAAGCCGCCGGGCAAGCAUAUCCCAACUUGGUUGCCAGCUUUCCCUGAUCCACACACUUAUAUCCAUACACCCAUGUGGAAUGAGAGGGCAUCGGAUCCUUGUGCUGAUAAGAUUGAGCAAGCAAGGCAGCGGAGAAAGGCCGAGAAGGCUUUGCUGCAGUUGCAACAGAGGCUGGUAUGUAAUGGUUCUUCUGGAACUUCAACUUCCUUGGCCACGGAUGCUGAAAAGGAAAAAGUACAAGGGGGUGAAAGUAAUCCUUUUCUUGCUGCCCCACUGCAACCAGGAGAGAAAGAUGUUUCGCAGGUUGUUUCCCCAGCUAAGCCUACUGAUGAAGCAAGCAAGGGUGAUCAUGUUUCCAUGCUAGAGGCAUUUGCUCCUGCCAUUGAAGCAAUGAAAGGGGGGCCAUCAGAUGGUGAAAAACUACACCUUCCCGAAAAGAGGGCUGCUGUUCAUUUCAAGUUUAGAGCCGGCAAGAAAAUCUUGGGUGAGCCGCUAGAUUUGAGCUUGCAGAAGAAAGGUGAUAGGGGGACAACAGCUUUUUUGCGUAUUGAGGAGAGGGACGAUAAGAAAAGGAGAGCUGAGUUUAUUCUCAGACAAACCACGGAAUUUCCGAUGGAACUUAAUCAGUCUUAGAAGUGUAUUUUAGGUUUUCCUUAUUGAAAUCUCAUAAAUAUUGAAAAAUGUCACAUUCAUGAUAAUCUAUCAAAUUCAUGGAUGAUUUAUUCGAUGUUGAAUUUGAAAUUUUAAAAAUAUUUUAAAUCCAA